GUGGUCAACCAUGUGAGUCCAGCGCCUUUACCACCACACCACCUGCGAGGCCCUAAACCAGUAAAUUGUAUAGAUUGGGCUUAAAUUCUGUCACUCCCAUUGCCGCCUCAUCACGACAUUGAUGGCUGCAGGCCCGAACACCAGCAGGUGUGGCGACACAGCAAACAGCAGAAGGAAAGCCACCUGCAAAGCAGGAGCCUACACCAGGUGCCCAAGUCCUCGUCUGGUGGUUCGAGGUCAGCUGCGCUUCCGAAAUGCGUGCAGCCUGAGAGCGGAAUGCGGACCUUCGCCUGUGUCUAAGGGACAUCAGCACAUUCCGGUUUCCCGUGGCAGUUCUCCACAAGAAAUGAACGUUCUUUUAAAUAAAUAGCCUCGGCUUCAUACUGGCCCAUCAGGUCUGGGACAAACCCUCCCCAGCUUCUCACUGACCCGCGACAGGAGCCGCUUUGGUACUUGAAAGGCUCGGAAGGAGACCUUGGUGCCUCCUUUUGCGCAGGCGCAGGCAGGCGUGACCCAUUGGAUGCCUGGGCCCGGAAGUGACCGUGGGAAGGGGCUGUCUUUGCACAUGCGCCGGGUUGUGGCACUAGCUUGGUCGACAGGUUGACGCGGCGGUGCAGACCCGUGGGUAUCUCCACCAGAAAACCAAAAUACUGUACUGACUGGUUCCGGCCCGGAUGCCUCACCAACCUACCGACUUGGGUCUUCAGAGCCAUGGCAGCAGAGGAGUCAGGAGAUGCCAAAGCACAGGCAGCCCUCUCAUCAGCGGGUCCGAGCAAGGAAAUGCCGCAAAAACCAAACUAUGCCCUGAAGUUUACUCUCGUGGGACAUACAGAAGCAGUCUCGUCGGUUAAGUUUAGUCCUAAUGGAGAAUGGCUAGCAAGUUCUUCCGCUGAUAAACUAGUUAAAAUUUGGGGAGUAUAUGAUGGCCAAUGUGAGAAAACACUGUACGGUCACAAUCUAGAAAUAUCAGAUGUUGCCUGGUCAUCAGAUUCCAGUCGUCUUGUUUCUGCCUCAGACGAUAAAACAUUAAAGAUAUGGGAUGUGACAUCUGGAAAAUGUUUGAAAACACUGAAGGGGCACAGUAAUUAUGUCUUUUGUUGUAAUUUCAAUCCGCCAUCCAACCUCAUCAUUUCAGGAUCUUUUGAUGAGAGUGUAAAAAUAUGGGAAGUGAAAACAGGAAAGUGCCUCAAAACUUUGUCUGCUCAUUCUGAUCCAGUUUCUGCUGUCCAUUUCAAUUGUAGUGGGUCUUUGAUAGUGUCAGGUAGCUAUGAUGGUCUCUGUAGAAUCUGGGAUGCUGCAUCAGGUCAGUGUUUAAAAACACUUGUUGAAGAUGAUAACCCUCCCGUCUCUUUUGUGAAAUUUUCUCCAAAUGGAAAAUACAUCCUCACUGCAACUUUGGACAAUACUCUCAAACUGUGGGAUUAUAGCAGAGGCAGAUGCCUGAAGACAUACACUGGUCAUAAGAAUGAAAAAUACUGUGUAUUUGCCAGUUUUUCAGUUACUGGUGGAAAGUGGAUUGUAUGUGGUUCAGAGGAUAACCUGGUUUACAUUUGGAAUCUUCAAACUAAAGAGAUUGUACAGAAAUUACAGGGACACACUGAUGUUGUGAUUGCAGCAGCUUGUCAUCCUACUGAAAACAUCAUUGCAUCAGCAGCUUUAGAAAAUGACAAAACAAUUAAAUUGUGGAUGAGUAACUGCUAACUAAAUCUUUUGGAAAUCAUGUCCAGGUUGAGUGUCCCUAAUCUGAAAAUUCAAAAUACAAAAUCUGAAACUCUGAAUUUCAACAUGAUGCUGCCACAAGUAUUAGGCUGUUGGAAAAAUCAUGAUGCUAUUUUAUAUCAAAACAAAAAAUGUGUUAUGACUUUUCUAGCAACCCAAUAGAAAACUCUGACUCUGUGUGAGAGGUCAGUCAAAAUGUUGCAAUACCAAAAUAUUCUGUUAAUUACCUUUAAGCGUCUUGUGAAACAAUAUGAUGUUCAUGUUUAGACUUAGGUCCUGUCUCCAAGGUAUAUUACGUACAUGAAAAUAUUCCAAAAUCUGAAAAAGUCCAAUAUACUUUUGGUCCCAAGCACUUUGAGACCUGUAAUAGAACCAAGUUGGGAAAAACGAUAUUUUAAAAGAUAGUUUCUCUUACAUGUUUGGCAUGGUUUUCUAUUUUAUUUUCAAAUAGUCUCCCAGUUAUAAGAUUUUCAGAUUUAUAACCUAAUUACAAAAUGUGACCAUGGGAAAAAUAAGUUAGAACCUAGAGCUUCUGACCUCUAAUCUUGAGGCCAGUUAUUAAUCUCCGCAGUCUGUCUCUGAAGAGUUUCCCAUUGUACUCACCUCAGUAAUUUUCCUAGAGGCUCAGUGUGUUUGAGAAAUAGUUAAAAGUAAGGCUGACAAGAUAGGAUGAACUGAUUGGAAGAGGGGAGCAAAGGAGUUUGAACUAACUACAGGGCUUCUGGUUUGGGAGAUCAGAUCAAUGGGCAUAAACCUGCAAUAAUAAUAGAAGGUUACAGCUACAUGUCAAGAUCCCACUCAUACACUUUUGGUGAAAUCUUACAUGUUGGAACAUGAAACAGUUCCUUGGAUUCAGAUCUGUAAAUCUGGAAAAAUAAGUCAUGGUUAGGUUCAUCCUAAGAACCUAGAUAUUUUAAGGUUUAUCAAGAAAAAUGAAAACAAAACAGAAUGAUAUUUUACUGAAGAAUUUCUCACAACC